UUGUUUGCUGCGUGAUAUUUUGGGCCGCUUCACAAUACAUACAUAGCUGGCUCCCACCUGAUUCAGGCAGUGCUGGAAUCGAGAAUCCUCCAUUGUCUGUGCCAGCUUAUGGUGCUGGACCGAAGCUGCCAGCUGCAGACCCAGCUGUUCCAGGGUAUGUCGCUUAGCGACGUGUCGGCAUGUUCACGGAGCAACAAGGGAGAGCCAAUUCCCGAAGUUCCAAUUCACCAAUUGGCGCAUUCAGCUGAGACUGAUUGCCUGAAGGCUGAAACGCGCUCAGCGGAGUUAUUUAGCAUUCGCAGUAAUUAGCAAGAGGUCAUUCGCUUGUUUACGCUGGGUCGGAUACGUUGGCUGGCACUUUCUCGCGCCAUGACAGGUAACCAAGGGUCACGUGGUGGACGGAGCAACCGCGGGGCGCGGAGCCAUACGUGGCAACGUGCCGGUUACUAUUCCGCGGUUAUAAAAUUUUCGGUCCAACGGGGUAAAGUUGCACUCCUUGGCUCAGCCACCCAGACCAUGUAGUUUUCAACCAUCAGAUUUCCACAGCUUACGUAGACCAGGUUGCGCGCCGGUAUCGCGAUAGUGAGUCACGUGUGAUUUGAAUUUCCGGUACCGCGGCACAAUCUGGCGGUGAGCGCUGACACAUGGGUUCAGUACUACGUUCUCCACACAAAGGCUCUGUCGAGAGUCCGUUUCGGCAAGGUAUGCAACCUUCCCGGAGGUCAUACGAAACAGAAGCAAGAUUGGCAACGGUGCUAGCCACCACCUGACAUUCUUGACUGUACAUGAAGAAGCCAGCUGUAGUUACACUUCGCGCCGCAUUCGGAAGUCGGCCGCAGAGGGAUGACCAUUCCUUUUCUCCGACGCACGGAGGACCCUUUUCGCCGCCUGGUUAAUGUGGUCUAGUCAACACUUCGAGGUAGAAAUCUAGGACGGGACAGGAACAAUGGCACGACGCUUCGUCGCUUUUUCAUUGGCUCUAGCAGUUGGGACGUGGCGGGAAGUGGCUGCGUUGAAUCCGCUGCAGAUGAUGAAGACCAGCGCCAGGAUGGGAGGAGUUAUCAAUGACAUCGCCGACGAGUUCAAACUGGCGUUUGAUACCCUCCCUAGCACGGAGCAACUGGAACAGACGAUUCUCCACAAAAAUGCAGAAGAUAUGGAGAAGCUGGAUGCAGCCGUAGCGAACGAGGCAAAGAGGAAACCAACUCAUUUAUGCGAAGGCCCUUCGUACAAGAGAGACUAUUCCGCACCAUGCCCAGCAGGAUGGCAGCAGCUUCAGAACGGCCAGUGCUGGGGAAGGCGAUACAGAGGGCCGUGUGAAGCUCUCCACUUCCUCAGUCACUUCAGCGAAGAGCAGAAGACUGCAUUUGAAAACAAUUGCUGCGCCUACUGGCCUGAAGUGAAGGCGCCUGCUAAAUACAAGAAGGUUUUGGCGCGUGGACCGGUAAGCUAUCAUCAGUGCCUCCCAGUCGUUCACUUACUCUCAUCAAUUUCGUUUCGUAAGGUGGAGCCCGUCACCGGGGACAUCAUUGCCCCAAAGAUGUAAAUAACAGAGUGGAAAACUAUGCCAUAAAAAGUCUGUAUAUUGUUCUCGUUCCAAACGCCAUGCAACAAACUUCGAGGUAGCACAACAGAACCUCAAGGUCAUUCCACAUCUCUUAGCACUAAAAGGACCUUCGCGAUCUGCGGCGGUUUUGCCGCUUCCGGCCUAGUGCAUUGAAUGUCCCACCUACACGAAAGUUCUCGAAAUGCUCGAAAACGACUCAGGAAGCGUGUCGAAUGACCAGCUUUACGCAUGAAUGAUACAGGCGUAGACUGCGACUAAGCACCACGUAUCAAACAUAAAUAUCCUAACCCUCACGGCCUUGGCAUUGCCUAAAUGAUUGAGUCCUAAAGUCAACUCUGGUUCACACAGACCGAACGACUCCAUUUACUUGAGACUCGUGUAUGUCGGACAUCCACCUAGACGGAUCACUAACGAAUACAC